AUUGAUACAGUAAGAAAUAAAAUAUAGGGAUGAGAGACGGUAGAUUUUGUCCGAAAAACCUUUAAAAAUUUUUUAAAAAAAAACAUAAAACAGGGUCUGUGUAAUGUAAAAUUCUCUCACACCCUGCGAUUUGGAUCUGUCGGCGUAAGCUUCACGGUUGGGGUUUGUUAAGGAAGUGUAGAGAUGGAAAUUAUUGUUAUUAGUGUUUGAAAUUGGUCGUGGAAGUACGAAAUUUAUCAAAUCUGUAUUUUUUUUGCGGGUUGGAAUUAGUAAUAAUGGCGUGGUUUAGAGCGGGAUCCAGUGCCGCGAAACUUGCCAUCAGAAGAACUUUGUCACAGGGUGGAUCAUAUGCAGCAAGAUCACGGAUCGUUCCAUCACAUAAUCGUUAUUUUCACACUACAGUUUUUAAAUCAAAGGCGCAAGCUGCGCCUGUCCCUCGCCCUGUGCCACUGUCUAAAUUAACCGAUAGUUUCUUAGAUGGGACAAGCAGUGUGUACCUAGAGGAGCUUCAGAGAGCUUGGGAGGCUGACCCAAACAGUGUUGAUGAGUCAUGGGACAAUUUCUUUAGAAACUUUGUUGGUCAGGCAGCCACGUCUCCCGGAAUUUCAGGUCAAACGAUUCAAGAGAGUAUGAGGUUGUUGCUACUUGUGAGAGCUUACCAGGUAUAUGGUCACAUGAAAGCAAAGUUGGACCCAUUAGGUUUGGAGCAGAGGGAGGUUCCUGAUGAUUUAGACCCAGCCCUUUAUGGAUUCACUGAAGCUGAUCUUGAUCGGGAAUUUUUCAUUGGUGUAUGGAGAAUGUCUGGGUUUUUAUCUGAGAAUCGUCCUGUGCAAACCCUUAGAGCAAUACUAACUCGACUUGAGCAGGCUUAUUCUGGGAGCAUUGGUUAUGAGUACAUGCACAUUGCAGAUCGUGAAAAGUGUAACUGGUUGAGAGACAGAAUUGAGACCCCAACACCAACACAAUACAAUCGGCAGCGACGCGAGGUUAUCCUUGACAGGCUUAUAUGGAGUACGCAGUUCGAGAAUUUCUUGGCCACUAAGUGGACAGCGGCAAAGAGGUUUGGUCUUGAAGGUGCUGAGACUCUGAUUUCUGGCAUGAAAGAGAUGUUUGACAGGGGUGCAGAUCUUGGGGUUGAGAGCAUAGUUAUUGGAAUGUCUCAUAGAGGAAGAUUAAAUGUUUUGGGUAAUGUUGUUCGGAAGCCGCUACGUCAAAUCUUUAGCGAGUUUAGCGGCGGUACAAAACCUGUGGAUGAAGUUGGCCUUUACACCGGAACUGGUGAUGUCAAGUAUCACUUGGGAACUUCUUAUGAUCGGCCAACUAGGGGUGGGAAAAGAAUCCAUUUGUCUUUGGUUGCGAACCCAAGUCACUUGGAGGCCGUGGAUCCUGUUGUGGUCGGAAAAACUAGAGCAAAACAAUAUUACUCCAGUGAUGUGGAUAGGACAAAGAACAUGGGUGUUUUGAUACAUGGGGAUGGUAGCUUUGCAGGACAAGGUGUAGUCUAUGAGACAUUGCAUCUUAGUGCACUUCCUAACUAUACUACUGGUGGGACUAUUCACAUUGUGGUGAAUAAUCAAGUAGCAUUUACUACUGAUCCAAGGGCAGGGAGAUCUUCACAGUAUUGUACUGAUGUUGCCAAAGCCUUGAAUGCUCCCAUUUUUCAUGUAAAUGGUGAUGAUGUGGAGGCAGUCGUCCAUGUCUGUGAACUUGCGGCAGAGUGGCGCCAGACUUUCCAUUCAGAUGUUGUGGUUGAUAUUGUGUGCUAUCGUCGAUUUGGACACAAUGAGAUUGAUGAGCCAUCUUUCACACAGCCGAAAAUGUAUAAGGUCAUCCGGAAUCAUCCCUCAGCGCUUGAGAUUUACCAAAAGAAACUUUUAGAAUCUGGUCAGGUGUCAAAGGAAGACAUUGAUAGGAUACAGAGCAAGGUCAGUUCAAUCCUUAAUGAAGAAUUCUUGGCCAGCAAGGAUUAUGUAACACGAAGAAGGGACUGGCUUUCAGCGUAUUGGGCUGGAUUUAAGUCCCCUGAACAGCUUUCACGUGUCCGAAACACUGGGGUAAAACCAGAGAUUUUAAAGAAUGUUGGCAAAGCAAUCACAACCCUUCCAGAGAAUUUUAAGCCUCACAGGGCGGUAAAGAAAAUUUUUGCAGACCGUGCACGGAUGAUUGAAACAGGGGAAGGCAUUGACUGGGCAGUUGGGGAAGCACUUGCUUUUGCGACACUACUUGUAGAAGGGAAUCAUGUCAGGUUGAGCGGUCAAGAUGUCGAGAGGGGUACUUUUAGUCAUCGCCAUUCUGUAGUCCAUGAUCAGGAAACAGGGGAGCAGUACUGUCCUUUGGACCAUGUUAUCAUGAACCAAAAUGAGGAGAUGUUUACUGUAAGUAACAGCUCUCUUUCAGAAUUUGGUGUUGUGGGAUUUGAAUUGGGUUAUUCAAUGGAAAAUCCAAACGCGUUGGUAAUUUGGGAAGCUCAAUUUGGUGAUUUUGCUAAUGGAGCUCAAGUGAUAUUCGAUCAGUUUUUGAGUAGUGGGGAGGCGAAGUGGCUGCGUCAAACUGGGCUUGUCCUCCUGCUACCUCAUGGUUAUGAUGGCCAGGGCCCUGAACAUUCAAGUGCACGAUUGGAGCGUUUCCUUCAGAUGAGUGAUGAUAAUCCGUAUGUUAUACCAGAGAUGGAUACAACACUUCGUAAGCAGAUCCAGGAAUGCAAUUGGCAAGUUGUGAAUGUAACAACUCCAGCAAAUUAUUUCCAUGUUUUGCGGCGCCAAAUACACAGGGAAUUCCGUAAGCCUCUCAUUGUGAUGUCUCCGAAGAACUUGCUUCGACAUAAGGACUGCAAAUCAAAUCUAUCUGAGUUUGAUGAUGUCCAAGGCCACCCAGGUUUCGACAAACAAGGGACCAGAUUUAAGCGCCUUAUAAAGGACCAGAACGACCACUCAGAUCUUGAGAAGUAUAUUAGACGUCUGAUCCUUUGCUCUGGGAAGGUUUAUUAUGAGCUCGAUGAAGAGAGGAAGAAAAUCAAUGGCAAGGACAUUGCAAUAUGUAGGGUGGAACAGCUUUGUCCAUUCCCAUACGACCUAGUCCAGCGUGAAUUGAAGCGAUACCCAAAUGCAGAGAUUGUUUGGUGCCAGGAAGAGCCAAUGAACAUGGGUGCAUAUAGCUACAUUUCACCCCGUCUUGGUACUGCGAUGAAAGCAGUGGGCCGGGGCACCAUUGAGGACAUCAAAUAUGUCGGCCGUGCUCCUUCUGCUGCCACUGCCACAGGUUUCUACGGGGCCCAUGUGAAGGAGCAGACUGAACUUGUUCAGCAAGCUGUCCAACCUCAACGAAUCGAAAAUCCUUCUUGAAGUCUUCCAAUCCCAAUCAAAACCAAUUUUAACAAUAGUAAACUAUACACAAAUGUUUCACAAGUAGUGAGUGCCUGUUUUAUCUAGGCUAUUCAGCAAAGAAAUUGGUGGUUGCUCUUUCUUUGUGUUUGUUCUUGUCGCACAAACUGCCAAGUGGUACAAGUCUAUACAAUCCCAGUUUGUUUUAAGAAUAAAAGUGUGUUCAAGUGCAGUUCAUCUGUAAGAUAUUGGAUGACAUUUUUCUGUAUUAGUAAAUUGGCUUUACUUCAAUAAUUUCCUCCUUUUGGCGCGCUUUUAUGGUUCAA